UCAGCGAGCAGAUACUACCCACAAUAUUACCAAUCAAUAAGCAAAAACUCACAUCAACGUUUCCAACAUUCAAAUAACUCGCACCGACUUUCAAACCUUCAGAAUACAUAUAUUUAACUCGAUCUGAUUAUACCGAUGUCUUCAAAAUCUGCCGCGGCCAUUCUUCAACGACAAUUUAAAGAUCUUACCGAUCCUAAAAAAGGGAUUCCAUCAUUCCAUAUUGAACUCGAUAAUGAUAACAUUUUCUUAUGGAAUAUUGGAAUCAUGGUACUUAACAAGGAUUCGAUGUAUCAUGGUGGAUACUUCCGUGGGCAAAUGAGAUUCCCACCUGAAUUCCCAUUUAGUCCACCUACUUUUAGAUUCACUCCUGCUAUAUAUCAUCCAAAUGUUUAUCGAGAUGGUCGAUUAUGCAUUUCUAUUUUACAUCAAGGAGGUGAUCCUACCCUGGAGGAACCAGAUAGUGAAACUUGGUCUCCUGCCCAAACCGUCGAGCUGGUUUUAAUUUCAAUUAUAUCCUUAUUAGAAGAUCCAAAUGUAUCUUCACCUGCCAAUAUCGACGCCCUGGUAGAAUUACGUAAAAACCCUGACGCUUACAAGAAAAGAGUACUUCAAGAGGUGGAACGUUCAAAGCAAGAUAUCCCAGAAGAUUAUGUUAUGCCAGAACUGGAACAUUUGGCAUAUGGAAAUGGAUCUAGUUUAACUCAUGAAGUUGAACAAGAGCCUGUUGAUGAAGAUUUCUGGUAUGAUAGUGAAGAGGAAAGUUUUGAUGAGGAGAGCUUGAUGGAUGAUAUGGAAGACGACGAAGAUGAAGAAGAGGAGGAUGAUGAAGUAAUGGCUAAGUGAUUAACUAGUGAUUAACUAAGCAUACUAUUAUUUUCUUCUUCUUUCACGAUACUUACUCCAUAUUUUUCCCCUGUUAAUUUUUUAGUCAUCAGGUAUUGAAUUACCAAUCGAAUCCAUUGCACAGACCCCACUUUAUUAGAGGUCACC